AUGGAGGCGGGGGAGUUGGAGGAGGAGCAGGCAGAUGAAGCAAUGGGCAUGCCCGACGCCCCUUUUUUCGCGGACGACCCCGAGGAAAAGGCGAAGGCAGAAGCGGAGGAUAAGAGGUCCUUCCACUACCCCUCCCCGGAGGGCAGGGCCGAGAGCCCGACAGAGGUGAUCCCACCGCCUGACCCUCUGCCACCUCCAGAGUGGCUCUAUCGCCUCGAUGUGGAGUGUCGCGCCGGCAGUCAGCUGCAGGUUAUCAGGCUGCCGGUACCGGGACACUCAACUUCCAGGGAACUCCUGGAAAGGUUACACAUGCGUACGGGCCUCAACUUGGGGGCCCUGCGACUCGUUCCAGAUGAGACGACGGCACCGCUCCCUUUCGGGGACCCGCUGUGCAUGAGUGAGGGUGCCGACGGCAACGGCCAAGCUGUAUGCCACCACAGUGGAGGGAGUCGAGCUGCAUCAGGACAGCACCUCCCAGUGGUGAGUAUGGACAUGCUCUGGUGUAUUGCUUGUCGUGUCCGGGCACCGAGCCCGGAACACAUGCAGGCACACCUCAUGACGGCCUCCCACGUGCUGGCCGUCGCGGAAUACCUCGCCUCUUUCAGGGAGCCCGCCUCGGGCUAG